AUGAACCGGUACCUGUCUAUCCCCCUGUGCUUGGCGAGCGCUGUUCCUGCGCUAGCGGGUCUGGCGGCCCGCGACCCCAUUGCCACCAUCUGCACCCAGAACAACAUCAUCACCACCGACGACUUCAUCCUCUACAACAAUCUCUGGGGUGAGGACUACGCUACUUCUGGCUCGGAGUGUACCUACCUCGACUAUGACAGCGGCAACUCCAUCUCGUGGCAGACGUCGUGGACCUGGGCCGGCGGUGAUGACUACGUCAAGAGCUAUCCCAAUGCCGUCUUGAAUGUCGGUGCCAAGCAGCUGAGCACGAUCACUACGAUUCCUUCUACCUGGAAGUGGAGCUACACCGGCGACGACCUCGUCGCUGACGUCUCCUACGAUGCUUUCCUGGCCACCACGGAUUCCACAACGGCCACCCACGAGUAUGAAAUCAUGAUCUGGCUCGCCGCCUACGGAGGCAUCGAGCCCAUUGGAAACUCGGACGGUCCUAUCGCCAGUCCCACUAUCGGUGGCUACACCUGGGAUCUCUACGAGGGACCCAACGACUGGACAGUGUAUAGUUUCGUGGCCCGCGAGACUAUCACGGACUUCUCGGCGGAUCUUAUGGAGUUCUUUACUUAUCUAGUUGAUAAUGAGGGGGUCUCGACAAGCUUGUAUCUACAGACUUUGGGUGCGGGUACGGAACCGAAGACGGGCUCUGAUGCUUGGUUCACGGUUGCGCCGUACACGAUUAGCAUCAACACUUAG